AUGUCGUCCUUUACUAUUCAAGUCAACAAUGAAAGUAACAACAAUCAAGUCUACUUCCUCUUCUACAAGCCCUUCUCGGCUGCUGCACAUGCACCUCUUGCAUGCGUCACUCAGAAAUCAACGACGAUUGCAAACACAAAAACCGCCACAUUUACCAUCAAAUUGCCGACUGCCGUCGUCUGCGGCACCAGCCCCAAUCAGCCGCUGGGUUCCGGAGUGAACGUCAGCAUCCAAGAGUCUACAGUUAUAACCCCCCCGGAGCUGGUACACGUAAGCCUCCAGGACAACAAUCCUUACUUUCCCCCGCCCGAACAAGAUAUCUCGUCAGGUAAUUGGGCAAUAAUAUCGACAGGAGACUAUAAGACGGAUCCCAAUGCAAAUGUGUUUUGCGGCCUGGGGGUCGUCAGCCAGGGCUCGGAAGAGAUUAUCCCCAGCUGUGUCUGGGAGAUCGAGCCCAACUCGAAGUAUCCCAUCCCUAACCCCCCGCAGCCGCCGGUGUUUUACAUCUCUAGCGAUGCAUCGUUGGAUGUUGGGACUAUCACCGCCGCGACGUCUAUGGAUGCUACUGUUGAUUUCACAGGCACGGGCUAUAAUUUUUGCCUGGUCACGCAGCUGAAUAAUAAUACUUUCAAGGUGGAUCCUCCAUCUAAUGCUAGGAAGUAA